CAGAAAUAUAACAUAAAAUAACAUGACAUUAACUGGCCCCUCUGUCUGUCUGUCUGUCUGUCUGUCUGUCUGUCUGUCUGUCUGUCUGUCUGUCUGUCUGUCUGUCUGUCUGUCUGUCUGUCUGUCUGUCUGUCUGUCUGUCUGUCCCUCCAUAGCGGAGUUGUUUGAAGUCAGAGGUGAGGUGCAGGGUUGUUUAUUAACCAGUAUGAAUAAAAAAUGUCUGUCCCAAUUUAGCUAGUUAUUAUUAGUGUAAAUUUCCCCAUCGAUGUACGUAGCAAUAGUAACAGUGUGUGUCUGUGCGUGUGUAGGCCAGCGUGUGUGUAGGGUGGAUCGGGGCCGGCCCUGCUAUAAACUGGCAUAUUUUUCUGACCCUGGACGGCGGCUCAGCUUCCUGGAGGCGAAGCUAGCGUGUCGCCGUGACGGAGGGGAGCUGCUGAGCGUUGAGUCACCGGCCGAGCAGCGAAUCAUAGAGCAGCUUGUCACUGAGCUCCGUCCCUCCGACGGAGACUUCUGGAUUGGCCUACGUCGUAACCAUGGUGACACGGAAAACAUUGACGACUGUCCCUCACAGUACUACUGGACCGACGGGAGCCUCGCCUCCUUCAGGAACUGGCACUGGGACGAGCCGUCCUGUGGUUACGAGGUGUGUGUGGUGAUGUACCACCAACCGUCCGCCCCGCCCGGCCUCGGAGGACUCUACAUGUUCCAUUGGAACGAUGACAACUGUGACACUAAGAACAAUUUCAUCUGCAAGUACACUGCAGAGAAGGCUCCUGAACCCUCCCCCAACACUGCACACCCAGCUCUGAACAUUGUUUACAUAGUCCUGCCCAUCAUCCCGUUGUUGAUGGUGUUACUAAUAGCAACUGCGGUCUUCUGCUUCACGCUGCUGUCUCGACGGAGGAAGCUCACUGUCUCUGUGUGUAGGAGGAAGCGGCGUGAACAGCAGACAGAGGUGUGUCCUAGCGACACACGGUCCUGUCCAAACCCCGCCCAGCCGCCUGACGUCUACAACGUGAUUCGCUCCCAGCAGGAGGCCGACCUGGCUGGAACACGCCCCCACACCAAGAACACUUCCUUCUUAGGCUCCUCCCCCGACAUGUCCCCUGGUGACUAUGACAACCUGGGGGGUCUGCGAGACACGGAGAGUGGUUUCGUCACGCUGGCCAGCACAGAGAGCAACUUCCAGUUGACCUCUGAACUCUACGACCUUAGUCUAGGGCGACGCAAAGACGACUCAGACAUUUACCACAACAGUCUGGGUCGCAACGGAGAGGUUUAUAACAACAGUCUGGGUCGGCAUGGUAACCGAGAGGUUUAUAGCAACAGUCUGGGUCGUCAUGGCAACGGAGAGACGCACGAUAACAGUCUGGGUUGUCACGGCAACGGAGGGACGUACAACAACAGACUGGGUCUUCAUGGCCGUGUGGUGAAGAGCAGUGAGCUGUACAACACUAGUCACUAUAGAGACAGUCUUUACCAAACCGGCCUGGAUCGCUAUGGUAACCCUGAACAGCACGAGAGAAGCCUGGGUCGUCAUGGGAACGAUGCCAGUGUAGAUUGCUAUGGGAAGGAGGCCACUGUGGGUUACUAUGGCAAUGAGGGCAGUCUGGGUGGGAAGUGCUACAAAGAGUGGUUGGACAGUGACAGCAACUGACAACUACUGACAGUUACAGCUACUGACAGUGACAGCAACUGACAGCUACUGACAGUGACAGCUACUGACAUAUACUGACAGUGACAACUACUGACAUAUACUGACAGCUACGGACAGCUACUGACAGCUACUGACAGUGGCAACUACUGACCGCUACUGACAGUGACAACUACUGACAUACUGACAGCUACUGAUAGUGACAACUACUGACAGUUACAGCUACUGACAGCUACUGACAGCUACUGACAGUGACAGCUACUGACAGUAACAGCUACUGACAGUGACAGCUACUGUGACAACUACUGACAGCUACUGACAGUGACAACUACUGACAGUUAUAUCUACUGACAGCUACUGACAGCUACUGACAGUGACAGCUACGGACAGCUACUGACAGUGACAACUACUGACAGUUACAUCUACUGACAGCUACUGACAGUGACAGCUACUGUGACAACUACUGACAGCUACAUACAGCUACUGACAGCUACUGACAGUGACAACUACUGACAGUUAUAUCUACUGACAGCUACUGACAGUGACAGCUACUGUGACAGCUACAGAAUGCUACUGACAGUGACAGCUACUGACAGUUACAUCUACUGACAGCUACUGACAGUGACAGCUACUGUGACAACUACUGACAGCUACGGACAGCUACUGACAGCUACUGACAGUGACAACUACUGACAUACUGACAGCUACUGAUAGUGACAACUACUGACAGUUACAGCUACUGACAGCUACUGACAGCUACUGACAGUAACAGCUACUGACAGUGACAGCUACUGUGACAACUACUGACAGCUACUGACAGUGACAACUACUGACAGUUAUAUCUACUGACAGUGACAGCUACGGACAGCUACUGACAGUGACAACUACUGACAGUUACAUCUACUGACAGCUACUGACAGUGACAGCUACUGUGACAACUAUGGACAGCUACUGACAGCUACUGACAGUGACAGCUUACUGACAGGGACGGCUACUGAGAGUGCAAGUACUGACAGUUAUAUCUACUGACAGCUACUGACAGCUACUGACAGUGAAACCUACUAACACUGACAGCUACUGACAUCUACUGAGAGUGAUAGCUACUGUGACAGCUAUUGACAGCUACUGACAGUGACAGCUAUUGACAGUGACAGCUAUUGACAGUGACAGCUAUUGACAGUGAAACCUACUGACACUGACAGAUACUGACAGUGACAGCUACUGACAGCUACUGACAGCUACUGACAGUCUGUGUGUGUGCAUGGCCCUGUUAUGCUGCCCUCCCCUGAGGGGUCACUGUCAGGUCAUGAACCUUGACCCCAGCUGUGCCUGAGACACCAAAGCCUGGUCCUGUCCUCCUCCUGUCUCGUCCUCCUCCUGUUCAGAUCUUGUCCCAUUCUUCCCUUGCUGCCUGACCACAACAUGACAACAAUAAUUUAGGCAUGAUAGGCCCGAUUCAGAACACACCCCUUGAAUUCGCACUUCUCUGUAGUUGGUAUACAGACUAACCUUGUGCAGGUGCAUAAUGAGCUUUGCACGCAUGGCUCCCUUUCGCUGCUGAAUACAUUUAAUACAACUGCUGAAAUCCCUCCCACUUGCUGGCCAACAGAUUUACUUGUGGAGUCAUUCAUUUACUUGUGGAGUCAUUUCAUUAAAUAGGAGUUUCAGUACUUUAUCUAAAGCCAUCCCUUUAAAUUUGGUGUACCUUUAAUUCUCUACAGACUCUAAUACAUGGAGAGAAUGGUUCAGAAUAUUAGGGAUCACUGAAAUACAUGCAUAUUCAUCUACUUUUCAGCAAUAAUUGGUAGAUAGAAAUAUACUCUGAUCUUGUUUAUUAUUUAGAGAGAGGAAAGUUUUUAUAUAAUAAUAAAUAUAUUAACAGCGUUGGAGAGCCUUUAUGCACGAAAUAUAUGUGAAUAAAAAAUACAAUGAUUUGAUUUUAUCGUGAAAGUUGCCAUAGGAGUAGCCUAGUGGUUAGAGUGUUGGACUAGUAACCGAAAGGUUGAUGAAUCUAAUCCCUGA